AUGGAAGACAACGACAGAGGGGGUAGCGGUGGUGGUGGUGGUGGUGACUUGUGGACGGAGGAAAUCGUCAAAUUGGCGUACAACAUAAAUCAAAUGAAUUUAUCACCGACGAGAUUUUUAGAAAAAGCUCACACGAGGAUAUCACUGAUGACGGAUAAAAACGACAAGAUACCCGUUAAGAACAUAAUCAAAAUGUUCGCACAGAACAAGGACGAUAAGAAAAGAGUGGAAAAAGCUUUGGACGGAGCCGGAAUGCCCUCCGGUAAAAGCGACGGGAUAUCAAUUCAAAAAUUCACGUUCGAAGAUUUUUACAAUUUCUACAAGAAUUUAACGCUGAGAACGGACGUUGAAAAAAUAUUCGACGAAAUUUGCGGUACAUCGUCCAAAAGAAAAUUUUUAACGGCGGAAAAAUUCGUCACGUUUCUGAACAAGACUCAACGAGAUCCGCGACUGAACGAAAUACUCUACCCGUAUGCGAACCCGGCGAGAGCCAAAGACCUAAUACAGCAAUACGAAACGAACAAGAUGAACGCUCAAAAGGGACAACUCAGUCUCGAUGGUUUUCUUAGGUAUUUAAUGAGCGAGGAUAAUCCGAUAAUAGCAUCGUCAUCCUUUGAUUUAUCCGACGACAUGGAUCAACCGCUUUCCCAUUACUUCAUUAAUUCUUCGCACAACACUUAUUUAACAGAGAGAGUUUUCUUCAGUCUUUAUUGUUUCGCUUUUGUUAAAUAA